AUGAUAAAACUUGGCAAAACAACAGGCAUGAGACAUGGAGCACCAAAGCGCAAAAGGAAAACAACAGAAAGCCUUUUAAUAAUUCGAUUGUGCACGUCAUCUAUCAAUAUGAAGAUUAAAGCUACUGAGAAAAGCGUUCAUUUAACAUUAAAAGCAUUUGAUCCUUUGUCAGAAGCUCUUAUCAACGAGACUUUGAACACCUUGUUUUUUUAA